AAAAUCCCCAAAACGGCAAAACCUAAUAAAAACCCUUUAAACUCACUUUUCGUCCUUCCCAGCCGCCUCCCCAUGCGUUCCCUUCCCAACCGCCUUCCCUUUUCCUCCCUUUUCCCAUUUCCUUCUUCAACAUCACUUUCUCUAUUCACAUGUACAGAGCAAACCAAUGGAAUCACCGGCUAGAUAGUCUGGCAUCUUCUGUCUUUCCAAUUGUUGUUUGGAUGCCCCAUGCAAUCCCUGACCUCGAAGACUGGGUCAGGAAGUUGGCUACGACUUCCUCGUAUGACAAGCGCAAAUGGCACGAUUUGUCGAGGGGCAAAUGCGAAGCCAAAUACCACGAUGAGUUUUCUUUUGUAAGUUUUUUGGUGCUUUCCUUCUUUACCGAAGUCAUUUGUUUCUUCAUACUCAAUUUUUGAUUUAUGCAGGCAUCGGAGAUUUCUCUGAGAUAAGGCCGGCCCCUCCUGGGGAGGAAAUCGAGUCCCCAAUUCUUAAAUCGAUGAAGGAUAAUAAGAGAAAAAGGGUUUCUAAACCCGAAGAUCCCCAUGACCAAAAGGCUCUUCCUUAAAGAUGUAGGAGGAAUGUUAUUCAUGUGGACGUAGACUCGGCCCACUAGUUUAUGGAUGAUGAAGGGAACGAGGGCAAAGAAUCGACGCUGGUAACCCGAACUAGGAAACCAGUUUAGGCCGCCAAACCCUCCGAACCGGAGACCCUGCCUCGUGAUAAGGAAAUUUUGAAGGAAAAUUCGGGCAAAGCCCCCGGAUCGCCCGGGGUCGUGAUUGUUCCACCACCUUCAACAAGCAUACCAUAGGGGACAAGUACCAAGACCCCCGAGGCUGAACAGAGCGCCCCGAGUGACUUGCUCGGGGCCGUGACAAUGGGUUACUCUCCUUCUUUACCAACUUUUUCUGAGGAGUCAAUGAAUGAAGCUCGAGCUCUACGAAUGCCUGACCCGAGCAGAGUCCUUGGUAAAGAAGAUCCUUUUCAGGAUUGCUUUACUGGGGUCGAUGAUUCCGCCGACCUCAACAACGCAUCUACCCUCUUCGAAGAGGCUCAUCGUCUUUUCUCCCGGUACAUCACCAAAUUCAAGGCCGAGCUCAGCCAAUGUGAGGCCGAGCUCAAGAAGUCUUUGGAUGAAGAGAAGGCCAUGAGGCUCCUUUGUAGCCAAAAGGAAGAGGAGCUCAAGGACUUUCGGGCGGAUUUGGCGAAAGCUCGUAAAAAUGAAACCGAGCUAGACAAGCAGCUGCAGCAGAAAUAGGAGAUGAUCGGGCAGCUUUGGGGCGAGGUCGAUCAGGUUAUGGCUGAUUGCAACCAAUGGAAGAAAAAUAUGGAUCGGCUUGCUACCGAUGAAGAAGUUGCACUGGCUCAACUGACCUCGGCUGAGACCCAGCUCCGAGGGUACUAAAGUGAAAAUUUUGGCCUAGGCCAAGAAGAUCGAGGAGCUCGAGGCCAAACUCGCUGAAGCCAGGGACGAAGUGGAGAGGACGAAGGUCACGGCCGAUAAAACCAUCGCCUUGUACUUAAGGGAUGCCGAGGCUGUUCAAGUAGAGCUAAGAGAGGCCUCCGACCGGGAAAAAUGGAGCAAUGAUCUGGCUAAGUGCCUAUCUCGGAGGGAGACCCUUGAAGAGAUCCACGCCCGAGGUUUUGACCUCACUGAAGAGAUAGCUCAAGCAAAGGUGCUGGAAACCGAUGCUAGGUUCCUCGUUUCAUCCGAUGAUAAAGAUUCCGCUAGUGGUUUUGAGAGUGGGGAAGAUGAGGAUGGAGUCAUCGAGGAGGAGGUUCCCGAAGAUGCGGCUCCCAAAGUAGAUUAGGCUCUUUAAGAUAUUGUUUUUGUUUCUUUGUUUUUGUGUAAGGCCCCUCGUGGGCACUGUAA